AUGAGCGAGUGUCAAUCGUAAAUAGCGAAAAAUCGACGGUAGAAUAUGUUUCGAAACAGCUGUGAUUCACUGGGCACGAGAUCGCUGUCCGAACGCAAACAGUCGUCGUCAUCGUCGUCGGUUUGCUCCACAAUCAUAGAACGUCGAAAAAGCGCGUCUGGUCACGUCUUAGGCCAUGAAAUUCUUCCAGUCUCACUUUCCGACGUGCCGUUUUUCGAUGACGACGAAGAUGGUGAAGACCGAACGUUCCAAUAUACGUUGGCAAUCAUCAAACCGGAAAUUGCUCAGCUGAUGUAUAAAGUAGAAUGCAUAAUGGCACAAAAUGGAUUUAUCAUCAUAACGAAAGAAGUGUUACGUUUGACCCGAGAUCAGGCAGCACAGUUCUACGACGACCUGGCGCUGGCUCCAUACUUCACCAGGCUUGUCGAUCACAUGUCUAAGGCACCAAUUGUAGUGUACGUGUUGUCUAAAAGAAAUUGCGUUGAAGAAUGGCUGCGGCUGAUCGGACCGGCAAACGUUUUUCACGCUAAACGUUUGUUUCCGGUCAGUCUGCGAGCCAUUUACGGCACGGAACAGGGAUCAGACCCAGUAGCCAACGCGUUCCACGGCAGCGAUUCUCCGGCCACGGCUGAACGUGAAAUUAAAUUCUUUUUCCCUAACAGCAAAGUGGAUUCGAUCGUUUACGGCGGAGACGACGACAUGGUACAGUACAUAAAGGAUGCCAUGAUGCCAACGAUUUCCGAAGGUCUGUCGGAAAUGUUCAACAUUCAACCCCAGGAUCCGUUAAGGUGGUUUGGAAAUUGGUUGUUAACCAGGGAUACAUAA